GUAGGGAAUUCCCUUCGAUGUGUCCUUCAGGAUCUUCCUCCACGUUUUUCCACAUUUGUGUAGAAAUCUCCGCAGAAACUAAGGGAGACGACAAAAUUUAGCACGAUGUGGAAGAAAUUCCUACUUAUAUCCCUAGUAGGACUUAUUCUCUGUACCGUCUCGUGCCGGGCAGAAGAUGAAGCGUCUGAACCCAAGGUUGAGGAGAGCGCAACCAAAGCCAAGGACGGCUCAAAAACAGACGAUGAGGUCGUACAGAGGGAAGAAGAGUCAAUAAAAUUAGAUGGGCUGAGUGUCGCUCAGAUGAAAGAAUUACGUGAUAAGGCCGAGAAACAUACCUUCCAAGCAGAGGUGGACAGAAUGAUGAAACUCAUCAUUAACUCUUUAUAUAAGAACAAAGAGAUUUUCUUGCGAGAGUUGAUUUCAAACGCAUCAGAUGCAUUAGAUAAGAUCCGAUUCGUGUCCAUAUCAGAUAAGGCUGCUUUAGGCGAUAAUACAGAAUUAACAAUUAAAAUAAAGGCUGAUAAAGAUAACCAUGUGUUACACGUCACUGACACCGGUAUCGGUAUGACAAAAGACGACUUAGUCAAAAACUUAGGAACGAUAGCCAAAUCUGGUACAAGUGACUUCUUGUCAAAAAUGGGCGACGCGAAAUCAUCUCAAGAAAUGACGGACAUGAUUGGACAGUUUGGAGUCGGUUUCUACUCAUCAUUCCUGGUUGCCGAUCGUGUAAUCGUGACAUCGAAACACAACGACGACGACCAGUACAUCUGGGAAUCUGAUGCUAACUCAUUCUCCGUGACAAAGGACCCGCGUGGAAACACCCUCGGCCGCGGUACUACUGUCAGUCUGCACUUGAAGGAAGAGGCCCAUGACUUCUUGGAGGAGAACACCGUCAAGGACCUCAUCAAGAAAUACAGUCAGUUCAUCAACUUCAACAUCUACUUGUGGACCAGCAAGACUGAGAUGGUUGAUGAGCCCGUGGAGGAAGAGAAGAAGGAGGACAAACCAGCCGAGGAGAAGAAGAAGGAUGAGGACGAUGUAACGGAGGAGAAAAAGGAUGUGGACGAACCUGAUGUCGACGCUGAGGUUGAGGAAGAGAAGGUCGAGGCUGACAAGCCAAAGACCAAGAAGGUCGAGAAGACGACGUGGAACUGGGAACUCAUGAAUGGCAACAAACCCAUCUGGACGAGAAAACCAAGUGAGAUUGAAGAUAAAGAAUACAACGAAUUCUACAAGUCGUUCACAAAGGAGAGUGAUGAUCCCAUGUCCCACACACAUUUCACAGCUGAGGGAGAAGUCACCUUCAAAUCCAUCCUAUUCAUUCCUAAAAGCUCGCCAGGUGAUAUGUUCCAAGACUACGGCAAAUCCAAAGAAGCUAUCAAGAUGUACGUCCGACGUGUCUUCAUCACCGACGACUUCGAGCAGAUGCUGCCCAAGUAUCUGUCCUUCAUCAAGGGCGUGGUCGACUCUGACGAUCUCCCACUGAACGUAUCCCGAGAGACGCUGCAGCAACACAAACUCCUCAAGGUCAUCAAGAAGAAACUCGUGCGUAAGACGCUCGAUAUGAUCAAGAAGAUCGGCACGGAAGAGUAUGAGAAGUUCUGGAAGGAGUACAGCACAAACAUCAAACUAGGAGUCAUGGAGGACCACUCCAACAGAACACGUCUUGCCAAACUCCUACGAUUUUUCUCAUCGAACUCAGAUACGGGGAUGACCAGCCUCCAAGAAUACAUCGAGCGAAUGAAGGACAAGCAAGAAGUCAUCUAUUUCGUCGCUGGUCAAAGUCGUGCUGAGGUUGAGAAAUCCCCCUUCGUUGAGCGACUCAUCAAGAAAGAAUUUGAGGUUUUGUACCUGACGGAAGCUGUUGAUGAGUACUGUAUCCAGUCACUGCCAGAAUUCGAAGGCAAGAAGUUCCAGAAUGUUGCAAAGGAGGGCCUGAAGUUGGACGAAUCAGAACGUGCCAAGGAGAACUUGGAAUUUACGAAGAAACAGUUUGAGACGCUCACUGACUGGUUGAAGGACGAGGCUUUGAAGGAUAAGAUUGAGAAGGCUGUUAUCUCCGAACGUCUGGACAGCUCCCCCUGUGCUCUUGUUGCCAGCACCUACGGCUGGUCCGGUAACAUGGAACGUAUCAUGAAGGCGCAGGCGUACGCCAAGGCUGACGAUCCAUCCAAGCAGUACUACGCCUCGCAGAAGAAGACACUGGAGAUCAACCCACGUCAUCCACUGCUCAAGGAACUCAAGAAGAGAGUCGAGGCCAACAAAUCCGAUCAAACUGCCACUGAUUUGGCGGUGGUCAUGUACGAGACAGCCGUCCUCCGAUCUGGUUUCCAACUCACCGAUACGUCAGGGUUUGCCGAGCGUGUUGAGAGGAUGAUGAGACUCGGCCUCAAUGUUCCCCUCGAUGCCAAGGUCGACGAACAUCCAGAAGAUGAAGAAACCGACAGCGAAAGUGAUGACGAGGCCAGCAAAGAAUUCAGCGACGAUGAGAGCGCCAAAGAUAAGGAAGCGCCAAAAGAAGGCGAAGAGAAAACACCAGAAACAACAGAGGAAAAGAAGGAAGAACCACAGGUCAUUCCGCUCCAGUCCUACGGACCUCGCCUCUGCCUUAGUGGAUCUUCUCGAGGUUUGCAAGGAUUACCUGUAUUGUCUCUUGAUAUUCUUCCUCUAGACAAUAGCCUUGUGUCGUUUCAGUGCUUUGGAUGCCGGAAGUUAAUGGGCUUCCAAGAGCGCUCCAGACCUACCCACAAGGCCCAAGGCUACUGCAAGAAUCCUGGUGACUGUCCGCCAGAAGAUGCCAAAGAUUCAGAUGGUGAUGGCAUUCCGGAUCAUAUGGAUGAUGACGAUGAUAAUGAUGGUAUUCCGGACAAAAUGGAAGAUGCUGAUGGUGAUGGUGUUCCAGAUGUUGUUGAUGAUGAUGAUGAUAAUGACGGUGUGCCGGAUCACUUAGAUGCAGAGCACAGGCGUUUCCGAGGUGGUUUUAAGGACACUGACGGGGAUGGUAUACCCGAUCAUUUAGAUUUAGAUGAUGAUGGUGAUGGUGUAAUGGACGAUGUUGACACAGAUGAUGAUGGUGAUGGUAUUCCUGAUGAUAAAGAGGACAGUGAUGGUGAUGGUGUCCCUGAUACUCUUGAUGACGAUGAUGACAAUGAUGGUAUCCCUGAUUCCCAGGACAAAGAUCAUUCAAAAUUCCAUGGGCGUGCAGUCCAUGAUUCUGAUAAUGAUGGUAUUCCAGAUCAUUGGGAUAACGAUGAUGAUGGUGAUGGUAUCCCAGAUGGCCGUGAUGAUGAUGAUGAUGGAGACGGUGUCCCAGACAUCGAAGAAGAUUCUGAUGGUGAUGGUAUACCAGAUUAUAAAGAUAGUGAUGAUGACAAUGAUGGCAUUCCUGAUGAUUUAGAUGACGAUUAUGAUCACACUGAAAACAAGGAUAGUGAUGGUGAUGGUGUCCCUGAUCAUUUAGAUAAUGAUGAUGAUAAUGACGGUGUGCCGGAUCAUAUGGAUAAAGAUGAUGAUAAUGAUGGCAUUCCUGAUGACAAGGAAGAUACUGAUGGGGAUGGUAUCCCAGACCAUCUGGACCAGGAUGAUGACAAUGACGGUAUCCCAGAUCACCUCGAUACAGACCAUCAGAGCAGCCAGUUCAAAGAUUCAGACAGCGAUGGUAUCCCAGAUUAUCAUGAUGAUGAUGAUGAUAAUGAUGGUGUCCCAGAUCACUUGGAUAAUGAUGAUGAUGGUGAUGGUGUACCGGACCACCAAGAGGAUACCGAUGGUGAUGGAAUUCCAGAUCAUUUAGACAAUGAUGAUGACAAUGAUGGUAUCCCUGAUGACAAAGAUCACGAUGAUGAUGGUGACGGUGUUCCUGAUAGAUACGAAGAUUCUGAUGGUGAUGGAAUUCCAGACCACAGGGACCAUGAUGAUGAUGGUGAUGGGGUUCCAGAUGACAAAGAAGAUGCUGAUUGUGAUGGUAUUCCUGAUCAUUUAGACAACGAUGAUGACAAUGAUGGCAUACCUGAUAGUCUUGAGGAUGCAGAUGGUGAUGGAAUUCCAGACCAUUUAGAUAACGAUGACGACAAUGAUGGGAUACCAGAUCACCUAGAAGAUGCAGAUGGUGAUGGGAUACCAGAUCACAAAGACAAUGAUGAUGAUGGUGAUGGCAUCCCAGACAGCCAAGAAGAUGCGGAUGGUGAUGGCGUUCCAGAUCAUUUAGACCAUGAUGAUGACAAUGAUGGUAUUCCAGACAGUCUGGACGAUUCCGAUGGUGAUGGUGUGCCAGACCAUUUAGAUAAUGAUGAUGAUGGUGAUGGUAUCCCUGACCACAAAGAAGAUGCUGACGGUGAUGGAAUUCCUGAUCAUUUAGACCAUGAUGAUGAUAAUGAUGGUAUACCGGAUACGCAAGAAGAUGCCGAUGGUGAUGGUGUUCCUGAUAACUUAGACAAUGAUGAUGAUAAUGAUGGAAUUCCUGAUCAUUUAGACCCUGAUCAUCAGUCUCAUAAACAUCAUGGUGAUGAUGAUGGUGAUGGUGUCCCAGACCAUCUGGAUACCGAUGAUGACAAUGAUGGUAUCCCAGAUCAUUUAGACCCUGACUCUGUUGACUCUGAUGGGGAUAGUAUCCCGGACCACCUUGAUGUUGAUGAUGACAAUGAUGGUAUCCCAGACGCAGAAGACACCGAUGAUGAUAACGAUGGAAUUCCUGAUCAUCUGGACCCAAACCAUCCAAUGUUCAAAGGUGAUAAGAAAUCAGAUAAAGAUGGUGAUGGGAUCCCAGACUACCUAGAUGAUGAUGAUGACAAUGAUGGCAUUCCAGACACUCUUGACCAAGACCACUAUCUUUCUAAGAUUGUUGAUUCUGAUGGUGAUGGUAUCCCUGAUUAUGUCGACAAUGACGAUGACAAUGAUGGCGUCCCAGAUACAGAUGACAAAGACGAUGAUAAUGAUGGCAUUCCUGAUCAUUUAGACCACGAUAGUUUGCAAUAUAAGAGGAGUAAGUUUCACGACACGGAUGGAGAUGGCAUCCCCAACCAUUUAGAUAAUGACGAUGACAAUGAUGGCGUCCCUGAUCACAAAGAUAAUGAUGAUGAUGGUGAUGGUAUUCCUGACCAUAAGGAAGACUCGGAUGGUGAUGGUAUUCCAGAUCAUGCUGAUACAGACGACGAUGCGGAUGGCGUUCCUGAUCAUUUAGAUACUGACCAUCCGCAGUACAGGAGGGGAAGGAAACUCUUAGGAUUCCAGGAAAGGCCAAAGGUCAAGGACGCAGGUCAGGGUCAUUGUAAAAGUCCAAAUGGAUGCCCGGAUGAUGAUUCUGACGGUGAUGGUAUCCCUGACGACCAAGAUGAUGAUGAUGACAAUGAUGGUAUUCCCGAUCAUAAAGACAAUGAUGAUGAUGGUGAUGGUAUCCCGGAUAGUCUUGAGGAUGCUGAUGGUGAUGGCGUUCCUGACCACUUAGAUAAUGAUGACGACAAUGAUGGAAUACCAGAUCAUCUUGACCAUGAUCACCUACAUACUGGUAAAGAUUCCGAUGGUGAUGGCAUCCCAGAUGAUCUAGAUGUUGAUGAUGACAAUGAUGGCAUCCCAGAUCAUCUGGAUCCAGAUUCCAGAGACACUGAUGGUGAUGGAAUUCCAGAUUAUCUUGAUGACGACGAUGAUGGUGAUGGUAUCCCUGAUGACCAAGACAAUGAUGAUGACAAUGAUGGCAUUCCAGAUCACUUGGACCCAGACCACCCAAGCUUCCGAGGUGACAAAACUAUUGACACAGAUGGUGAUGGUAUUCCUGAUUACCUCGAUGAUGAUGAUGACAAUGAUGGAAUCCCUGACUUUCUAGACCCCGACAGUCCUUUGUUUAAGGUGAGAGACACUGAUGGCGAUGGAAUUCCAGAUUAUUUGGAUGAUGACGAUGAUAAUGAUGGUAUCCCUGACAGUCAAGAUAAUGAUGAUGAUGGUGAUGGUAUCCCAGAUAGUGACGAGGAUUUAGAUAGUGAUAAUGAUGGUGUUCCAGAUCAUUUAGAUAAUGAUGAUGAUGGUGAUGGUAUCCCUGACAGGGAUGAUGAUGUUAGACAUGCACGCAAGACACUCUCUGUUGGCGAAGAAGAUGGAUUCUGCAAAAAUAAAAAGACAUGCCCGGACAAGGCUAAGGAUAGCGAUGGGGAUGGUAUCCCUGAUUACCUAGAUGAUGACGAUGAUGGUGAUGGUAUCCCUGAUGACAAGGAAGAUGCUGAUGGUGAUGGAAUUCCAGAUUAUCUCGACCCUGAUACGAAAGACACUGAUGGUGAUGGUAUCCCUGAUUACUUGGAUGAUGACAUUGAUGGUGAUGGUAUUCCGAACAGUGAAGAUAAUGAUGAUGAUGGUGAUGGUAUCCCAGACAAUUUAGACCCAGAUCAUCCAAGUUUUGAUGGUGACAAAGUCACUGAUACUGAUGGCGAUGGCAUUCCAGACUAUCUAGAUGAUGAUGAUGACAAUGAUGGUAUCCCGGAUUUCUUAGAUCCAGAUAACCCACUUUUCAAACUGAGGGACACGGAUGGAGACGGUAUUCCUGAUUACCUAGAUGAUGAUGAUGACAAUGAUGGCAUCCCUGAUAACCAAGAAGAUGCUGACGGUGAUGGAAUACCAGAUUAUCUUGACCCAGAUACGAAAGACACUGAUGGUGAUGGUAUCCCGGAUUACCUAGAUGAUGACAUUGAUGGUGAUGGUAUUCCGAACAGUGAAGAUAAUGAUGACGAUGGUGAUGGUAUUCCAGAUCACUUAGAUCCUGAUCACCCAAGUUUCAAUGGUGACAAACUGACAGAUACCGAUGGCGAUGGAAUCCCAGACUAUCUAGAUGAUGAUGAUGACAAUGAUGGUAUACCUGAUUUCUUAGACCCAGAUAACCCACUUUUCAAACUGAGGGACACGGAUGGAGACGGUAUUCCUGAUUACCUAGAUGAUGAUGAUGACAAUGAUGGUAUCCCUGAUAACCAAGAAGAUGCUGACGGUGAUGGAAUACCAGAUUAUCUUGACCCAGAUACGAAAGACACUGACGGUGAUGGCAUCCCUGAUUACCUAGAUGAUGACAUUGAUGGUGAUGGUAUUCCGAACAGUGAAGAUAAUGAUGAUGAUGGUGAUGGUAUUCCAGAUCACUUAGAUCCUGAUCACCCAAGUUUCAGUGGUGACAAAGUGACUGACACGGAUGGUGAUGGGAUCCCAGACUAUCUUGAUGAUGAUGAUGACAAUGAUGGCAUCCCUGAUUUCUUAGAUCCAGAUAAUCCACUUUUCAAACUGAGGGACACGGAUGGAGAUGGUAUUCCUGAUUACCUAGAUGAUGAUGAUGAUGGUGAUGGUAUCCCUGAUAACCAAGAAGAUGCUGACGGUGAUGGAAUACCAGAUUAUCUUGACCCAGAUACGAAAGACACUGAUGGUGAUGGCAUCCCUGAUUACCUAGAUGAUGACAUUGAUGGUGAUGGUAUUCCGAACAGUGAAGAUAAUGAUGAUGAUGGUGAUGGUAUUCCAGAUCACUUAGAUCCUGAUCACCCAAGUUUCAAUGGUGACAAACUGACAGAUACCGAUGGCGAUGGAAUCCCAGACUAUCUUGAUGACGAUGAUGACAAUGAUGGUAUACCUGAUUUCUUAGAUCCAGAUAACCCACUUUUCAAACUGAGGGACACGGAUGGAGACGGUAUUCCUGAUUACCUAGAUGAUGAUGAUGAUGGUGAUGGUAUCCCUGAUGACGAGGAGGAUUCUGAUGGUGAUGGUAUCCCAGAUGCUGUAGAUGAUGAUUAUAGCAGCGCCAAGCCUGGCCGGAGGCUUCUGUCUGUUGAAAAAGUGGGAAAGGCGAAAGCAAAGAAAGAACAAGGCUUUUGUAAAGAUUCCAAGAAGUGUCCUGAUAAGGCUAAAGACAGCGAUGGUGAUGGUAUCCCGGAUUACCUAGAUGAUGAUGAUGAUGGUGAUGGUAUUCCUGACACUAAAGAGGAUGCUGACGGUGACGGCAUCCCUGAUUACCUCGACCCAGAUACGAAAGAUACUGAUGGUGAUGGUAUUCCUGACUAUUUAGAUGAUGAUGAUGACAACGAUGGUAUCCCCGAUGAUCAAGAUGAUGACGACGAUAACGAUGGUAUCCCAGAUUAUCUCGAUCCUGACCAUCCGAGUUUUAAAGGAGAUAAGUUGAAAGAUUCAGAUGGUGAUGGUAUUCCUGACUAUCUUGACGAUGAUGAUGAUAAUGAUGGAAUACCAGAUUUAUUAGAUCCUGAUCAUCCUCUGUAUCGUCUCAGAGACUCUGAUGGUGAUGGUGUGCCAGAUUAUCUAGAUGAUGAUGAUGAUAAUGACGGUGUACCUGAUCACUUGGACCCCGAUCACCCAAGCUACUCUGUUGAAAAGAACAAGGACACUGAUGGAGACGGUAUACCUGAUUAUCUAGAUAAUGAUGAUGAUGGUGAUGGCAUCCCAGAUAACCAGGAAGAUACCGAUGGUGAUGGAAUCCCUGACCAUUUGGACGAUGAUGAUGAUAAUGAUGGAAUUCCUGACCACUUAGAGGACGCGGAUGGUGAUGGUGUUCCGGAUCAUUUAGAUAAUGACGAUGACAAUGAUGGCAUACCAGAUCAUUUGGACCCAGACCACCCAAGCUAUCAAGGCAAGAAGGAUUCGGAUGGAGAUGGCAUUCCUGAUGAUAAAGAGGAUAGUGACGGCGAUGGCAUUCCCGACUACUUGGAUGAUGAUGAUGAUGGCGAUGGUAUCCCUGAUGAUAAAGAAGAUGCGGAUGGUGAUGGUGUCCCUGACCAUUUGGACGAUGAUGAUGACAAUGAUGGUAUUCCGGAUCACCUAGACCCUGACCAUCCAAAUUAUAUUGGCAACAAGGAUAGCGACGGCGAUGGUAUCCCUGACAGAUUAGAAGAUUCAGAUGGCGAUGGCAUUCCAGACUACCUAGAUAAUGAUGAUGACAAUGAUGGAAUCCCAGAUCAUCUUGACCCAGAUCACCCAAGCUACAUUGGGGGAAAAGAUAGCGAUGGAGAUGGCAUUCCUGAUGAUAAGGAAGAUUCGGACGGGGAUGGAAUCCCAGACCAUCUUGACCCGGAUCAUCCCAGUUAUAGUGGUAAAAAGGAUAGUGAUGGUGAUGGCAUUCCUGAUGACCAAGAAGACGCGGACGGUGAUGGUGUUCCAGAUUAUUUGGAUGACGAUGAUGACAAUGAUGGUAUCCCAGACCACAUGGACCCAGACCAUCCGAGUUAUUUUGGCAACAAAGACAGUGACGGCGAUGGUAUACCAGACAAGUUGGAAGAUUCCGACGGCGAUGGUAUCCCAGAUCAUUUAGACAAUGAUGAUGACAAUGAUGGCACCCCAGAUAACCUGGAUAAAGAUCAUCCUGGUUACCUUGGUAACAAGGACAGUGAUGGCGAUGGUGUUCCUGAUGAUGAGGAAGACACGGAUGGUGAUGGUAUUCCAGAUUACAUUGAUAAGGAUGACGACAAUGAUGGGAUUCCUGAUUACCUAGACCCCGACCACCCUAGCUACAUAAGGAAUAUGGAUAGCGACGGGGAUGGUAUACCUGAUGACCAAGAGGAUGCUGAUGGUGAUGGCAUUCCCGAUUAUCUUGACAAUGAUGAUGAUAAUGAUGGCAUCCCUGAUUUCUUAGAUCCAGAUCACCCAUCAUAUAUCGGGAAGCGAGACACAGAUGGUGAUGGUAUUCCUGAUAUUGAAGAAGAUUGUGAUGGUGAUGGUAUCCCAGAUUACCUAGAUGAUGACGAUGACAAUGAUGGUAUACCUGACUAUCUUGACCCCGAUCAUCCCAGUUACAUCGGUAACAAAGACAGCGAUGGUGAUGGUAUCCCUGACAUCAAAGAGGAUGAAGAUGGUGAUGGUAUCCCAGAUUUCCUCGACAGAGACCACCCUGGAUAUCUUGAUGCCGAUGGUGAUGGCAUACCAGAUAACCUGAAGGAUUCUGAUGGCGAUGGUAUUCCAGAUUAUCUAGACCAGGAUGAUGACAAUGAUGGCAUCCCAGAUCUCCUUGAUCCUGAUCACCCAAGUUAUAUUGGGAACCGAGACAGCGAUGGUGAUGGUAUUCCGGACGACCAGGAGGAUGCGGAUGGUGAUGGCAUCCCGGAUUUUCUGGAUAACGAUGAUGAUAAUGAUGGUAUUCCUGAUCACCUAGACCCUGAUCAUGAAAGCUACAUCGGGAAGAGAGACAGUGAUGGGGACGGAAUACCAGAUGACCAGGAAGAUUCUGAUGGGGAUGGUAUUCCAGACUAUAUGGACACUGAUGAUGACAAUGAUGGAAUUCCAGACCAUCUAGACCCUGAUCAUCCAAGCUACAUUGGAAAGAAAAAAACAGAUAAAAAAAAAGGGAAGAAAGUGAAGAGGAAGAAGGAUAGCGAUGGUGAUGGUAUUCCUGAUGAUGAAGAAGAUGCUGAUGGUGAUGGUAUCCCUGACCAUUUAGAUAACGAUGAUGACAAUGAUGGAAUCCCAGAUCAUUUGGACCCUGACCAUCCAAGUUAUAUUGGUAAGAAAGACAGUGAUGGCGAUGGUAUCCCAGAUGAUCAAGAAGAUGCUGAUGGUGAUGGUAUCCCUGAUUUUCUCGACAACGAUGAUGAUAAUGAUGGAAUUCCUGACCACUUGGAUCCGGACCAUCCAAGCUUUAUUGGGAAGAAAGAUACAGAUGGUGAUGGCAUUCCAGACUACUUUGAAGACUCAGAUGGGGAUGGUAUCCCGGACCAUCUAGAUAACGAUGAUGAUAACGAUGGAAUACCAGACCAUUUGGAUCCUGACUCCAGGGAUACUGAUGGUGACGGCAUUCCAGAUUAUCUUGAUGAUGACGAUGACAAUGAUGGAAUUCCUGACCAUUUAGAUAAUGAUGAUGACAAUGAUGGCAUUCCAGAUCAUUUGGACCCAGACCACCCAAGUUAUACUGGCGAUAAGACAAAAGAUAGCGAUGGAGAUGGCAUUCCUGAUUACCUAGAUGACGACGAUGACAAUGAUGGUAUUCCAGACAUAAUGGAUGAAGACCACCCACUAUAUAAACUCAAAGACACGGACGGAGAUGGAAUUCCAGAUUAUUUGGAUGAUGAUGAUGACAAUGACGGCAUCCCAGAUGACCAAGAUGAUGAUGAUGAUAAUGAUGGAAUUCCAGAUCACUUAGACCCUGAUCAUCCAAAAUUUAAGGGAGAUCGGAUGAAGGAUACGGAUGGGGAUGGUAUUCCGGACUAUCUUGACAAUGAUGAUGAUAAUGAUGGUAUUCCUGAUAAUCUAGAAAUAGAUUCCGAUGGAGAUGGUAUACCAGACCGUCUAGAUAACGAUGAUGACAAUGAUGGUAUCCCGGAUCACCUUGACCCCGAUCAUCCAAGUUUCAGAGGAGACAAAACUAAGGAUACUGACGGAGACGGCAUUCCUGAUUAUCUAGAUGAUGACAUUGAUGGCGAUGGUAUUCCUAAUGCUAAUGAUAAUGAUGAUGAUGGUGAUGGUAUACCAGAUGACAAAGAAGAUGCUGAUGGUGAUGGUGUUCCUGAUGCUCUUGAUGAUGAUGAUGAUAAUGAUGGUAUACCCGAUCACUUGGACCCCGACCAUCCAUCAUACAAAGGGAAAGUCGCACAGGAUUCUGAUGGAGACGGUAUACCGGAUCACAUGGAUAAUGAUGAUGACAAUGAUGGCAUCCCAGACUACAUGGAACCAGACCAUCCGGGUUUCAAAGAGCAAGAUUCAGAUGGUGAUGGGAUCCCGGAUCAUUUAGAGGACAAGGAUGGUGAUGGUAUCCCAGAUCACUUAGAUGAUGACGAUGACAAUGAUGGCAUACCAGAUGAUCAGGAGGAUUCAGACGGUGAUGGUAUACCGGACGUUAAAGACAAAGACGAUGACAAUGAUGGUGUCCCUGAUGAACAAGAAGAUGCGGAUGGAGAUGGCAUACCAGAUAACAUUGAUGAUGACGACGAUAAUGAUGGUAUACCAGACCACUUAGAUGCAGACCAUAAGGACUUUCAAGGACGACCAGCUACCCGGAGAGAAAAGAACUACCUUGGAAAAUUUGUGUCAAAGUUAGAGGAGAUGUUCGGCCAGGAAGAGGACUUGGGCGUAAAGCAGCCAGUCAAGGACGAACCACCUCCGACCUUGAAGAAUGUCAAGGUCGACAGUACUGAGGAGAUUGACAUUGGCGAAUGGGUCAGUGGCAAGUUUUCCAGCUGGUUUGGUUCUGAUGACGAUGAUGAUGAUGAUGGGCAUGGUUUUGAUAUUGAUGAAAGAAAACCUUAGAUCUUAAGGCAUCAGAAGAAGAUGUGAUAAUAUGCUAGUAAGAUCAAGAGGUCUGGUCACAACGAAAAUGAUUACUGGUUGUCGUACCAUUCACCCAUUCGAAUCAGACCUCGAGUGAAAGCCAAUGAUAACUACGGUUAAGGUGAUAAAGAUAUCUGUAAAGAUUUGGGUUCGCAGCAAUCAUAUUUAAUGAUAUUCCAUGUGACACCCUCAUUCCAAUAUCUUGAUGGUUGUCUAUGGUUGACCUGCUUUUAAACGCUGUCCUUUGCCAGGUCACUUCCUAGAGGGCGCUCUGCUUCAGUGGCUGGCCCUCGAUGUGCCCAUCUCAAGCCUGAUCUUAUAACCGGUGUAGCAGUUGAAAAUGUCCCCCUGGAAAGGUGUCCGGCCCGAUUUAUUCUGACGGAUUAUGGUGUAUGGUUCUAUUGAGUGAACACUUCAGAGAUUAAAAUCGUGCAACAGCUAGAAUCCAUUGUUCCCGGACACUCUAUCCUGGGACAUUUCAAACUUUAACACCAGCUCAUAUCAAUUUAUAUGGGGAUAUUCAGUCUUAAAUCGUGUAUGUAAUGCCGGAGUAAUUCAUUGCAAUAUAAAAUGUUCACAGUCAAUAACCAAAGAAACCAUUUCACUUCACCACGCUAUUGAGAAACUGAACGACAUAUGAAAGCAGGUCUAUGAUGAUGUGUGACGAUCUUCUAAGGUUCGUCACGUGACGAACACACCAUUCCUGAUCUCAGUAAGAUGCAAGAUACGGACGUGAUCUCCAUCUUUAUCAUUAAUUGAUUACAUAUUGCGCUUCAUUAGUACUAGUAUGUAACAUGUUUUUCACAUAGAUCUGGCUGAAGGUACUUGGCUGACCUCUUGUCGCUUAACUGUAAUAGUGUGAUCACAAGGAGUAAUUUUACACAUCGCUGGGCAGCCGGUGUCAUAGUUGACACGCUUUAGUAGUCACCGUGAAAGAGCAUUGUUAGGCUUACCUCAAGGAUAAUCUAGUGUUGUGUAACACCAUUAUAAGUGUCAGUGUGAUAUGGUCACAUUCCUGAGUUCAGCUAACUACAUUUGGCCGGAACAAUGUGAAAAACUAUAAUCUAUAAUUCCGGACACUCUGUCCAAGGACAUUCAAAACCUUUACACCAGUAAGAAACAUAUACUCUAUAGUCAUGAACUGGUCGAACUAAGAAUUUUGAUUUGAAAAAGAUAGAUGCAAGGUGAAGAAAAUUGUAAAUAUUUGGCACUCAAAACAAGUUAUAAAUAUCCGCUGUAAAUGUAUGCAUUUUUUGUAAAUAUGGUGAGCUAUUUAUUUAGUUUUGUUAAGUUUUGCUUUUGGACAAUCGCGAUGAUAGCUGUACCUUUAGGUAGUACUACCUUGACGUGGGCUUUCGGGUUGAAAAAUGUUUGUGACAUACCCCAACAUUCAGAAAAAGGUGAAAACUGAUUUUUUUUCUCGUUGUUUUAGGGGUCAGAUUACAAGCAAUUGGAGCAAAUGGUUUCAGUUUCUGCGCAGGAACUGUGUAAAUAGAUUAUUUUUCGUAAUUUAUACAUUCUAUCGGAAUAUUCGCAGAAACAGUGACAUGGUAGUGAUGAUAGAAAAAGCUGUAUAAGCUCCUUUAAGUUGCUGAAGCCUGAAAGGUGGCCUGGGCAAUGACGAUUUUUAUAACCUAUGCAUUGAUACACCAUAGGGGCUCUCGUCUGCUGCUGACGAUUCCUUUUCUCAAGCGUAAUUGUUGUUCAUUCUUAAAACGCCUUGUCCCUUAAGUAUUCGCAGUAUUUUGGUUGGCAUAAACCGCAGGGAAGUUACCAAGUAGCCUACUCAUUUGUUUGAUGUAAUUAUGUACAGAGAUCCUUCCCUAAUUGUUGUAGAUAUUCCUGCACCAGUGAAAGCAGCACAAACAUGAAUGUACACAAAUGUAGAUCAGUCAACAAGAAUGAAAAGGUAGCAGAUGCCUACGCUGACUACAAGUCCAACUCAUUGAUUUAUUCUGUGCCAAUUAAAUGUAGAUGUCAUUUUCCGAUCUAUGAAUAAAUGAUGUACAAUUUGUAACAUUUAUAAACGUUAAGAAGAGAAUAAAAGACGCCAAUGUUGCUACCGUA